AUGUCCCCCAACAUCAAAACUCCGCCGUUCGACAGUAUUAAGCUGGAAACUGUGGAGACUGAACUUGGUGCACCACGAAGUGUAGUUCCAACAGAAACAGGAAUCAGCUGGUUUUUUGUCCACUGCAUUCUGUGCCCUAAGCUUCUACUGACUAUGCAUUUGAGGCUUAUGCGUAAUGGAGGAUUGAUUUUCUUCGUGCCACUCACAAUCACGCUGUGUCUUAUUUCUGCUCCAAUAGCAUUUAUGGAGUUGGCACUUGGCCAGUAUACCUCCAGGCCGGCUAGCACCAUUUUCGCAAGAAUCAGUCCUAUCUCUAGUGGUGUUGGAUAUGCCAUGUUGAUUAUGCGAUUUGUACUAGCAGCUAGUGUGAAGACGGAACAUCGGUGA